AUGUCAGUAAUCCCGAAUCCCGCACAUGCUACCGGCACAUGUCACGAGCUGCGCAGGCGCAUGCAACAUGCCUCCCUAAAUGAAGCUCACUCAAUGCAUCGUCGGCAGGCGGCCGAUGAUGUCAACUACGACGACCCCUUGCUUGGUGAUGAGGCUACUGAUGAUGACACCAUGAACGACACUGAUGGAAUCUCAGAACCUCAGGUACAGAUGGAGCCAGCGGUCAUAGAGUCGACACCCUCAUCCUAUGAGGUAGAAGCUGGAAGUGAGGUCCGACUGGAGUGCAAAGUUACCCCUGAAAGAACCGUGAUCACAUGGAGCAGAAACAACGAUCCCUAUUUCAUGGGAACUAUGAAGAUGCAUCCUGAAGAAGUCAGAUAUUCCAUUGCGGAGGACUCCAAAGACAUGGUGAUCAAGAAUGCUAAAGUGGAAGACAGUGGAGUGUUCAGAUGUGAGACCAUUGAGAAGAAUCCAGCAGCCAUCAACCACACUCUUCUGGUUACACAGAAACCUUCUAUUGUCAACAUGACUGCAACUAACGGAGGUACUGUUGGUGAGGGUUCUGACCUGACUCUCUCCUGCUUCGUGACCGCUUCUCCUGUACCAACUGUUAUCUGGUCCGUUACCAGGAAGGAUCGUCCUAACGAGCGCCUGACAGAGAAGGACGCAGAAUUCAACGUGGUCGGCAACCAGUACACUAUGCGAAUUAAGAACGUAAAGAAAGAGAACGCUGGACAAUACUAUUGUUACGCUCUGAACAAGUUGGGAAGCGACCAAUCAGAGGCCAGCGUUAUUGUCAACGGCAAACCUCAAGUCCAUGUGCCAAGGACCAUUGUGAACUCCGACCUCAAGAUUGAAGCUGUUCUCCAAUGUGUAGCUCACGAGGAAGCCAGGGCGAGAGUACGUUACGAUGGUUUUCCUUCAAAUUUCAGGCCACACAUCCGUUGGUACAAAGAUGGAGUUCUGAUUGAGGAUAGCGCGACCCAGUACGUCAUCAGCACCGUGGGAGCUCACUCCAACCUGACUGUGUCGCCUUCUGCUGAUGGUGAUUUUGGUACCUUCACUUGUGAGGCUGAAAACGACUACGGUACCCACAACCGUUCUAUCGAGCUGGUGCAGAGCCCCGUGGUUGAAGACGUGGACAUCGAUGGCCCCCGCAUGACCUGGACUGUCCACUCCCACCAGCCCCUUGAAGAGAUGGAAGUGCAACUCAAGGCUACUAGUGAGGAAGGAGAAUGGACGACCCUGAGCGUACCAGUUCCAGAAGGCAGACACCACAAUUAUGACAUCAGCUACUCUUUGGAGGACAAACAGCUGCAACCUGGUGAAUACUUGGCUGUCGUGAAGGUCAAGAACUCCAAGAGCUGGGGCGGUUCCAACGAACCAGCUGUUGUUAAUAUCCAAGAUCCGCAAUCGCUGUACAUCCAGACUGCGUCAGUGUUCCGUGAAAACACAUCUAUGGCGCAUUCCAUCCGGCCAGUGUACUCCGCCUUAUCGACAAUCCUGAUGUAUCUCCUUGUUCGAAUGCUUUAA